AUGUCUACACAGGCUCCUCGAGCAACUGCAACCCCUGCACCGCCCGAUGUCACGAUCGACCUCACAGCGGAUAGUGACAGUGAUGACACUUCCACUGAUUCAGAGUCCUCCCUGCCGAGUCAGGCAUCUAGCCAGCCCCCCCAACGAAGGUCUCGACACCUAGUUGUCGGUAGCUGGGUCGCACGAGCACACGAACAGCACCUAGCCCAACAGCAACAAGAACAUGCACGCAUACGCCAAGAAGCUGCGCGGAGGCAACGAGAGACUGUGCAGAGACAACAAGAACAACAUACCCGUGCUCCGCCUUUUGGCCAAAGACCACAAACACCCGAGGUAAUCGAUCUCGCAGACACGGACGAGUCGGAGUUAGAUAGGGGGGACUUUGAAAUAUCGGUGGACGCGGAUACGCACGAACCCGAAUCCACCUUCUCCCCCUCGGCAAGCCCAGAAGUCGAAUUUGUUGAAGAGAGGCGUGUUGCUCACGCCCAGCGUCAGGAUGCUGCAGCCCAGACGAAUUUCGGCCUUAACGGUCCUCGCAGGUUUAUCCCAGAUUUACUGAGGAGGGGGACACAUUUUAUGUUUGAAAACAUGCACCAUAUCCGUCCAGGCCAUGGCGAAAGGAUUUUGAAUGGUUUUGAUGUGGUUCCGCCUCGGGUCAAUGAUGGACGACUUGGGAACGAUGGUGGCGAUGCUUUCAUCAUCAAUAUGGACUACAGACAACCCGCGUUUUCUCUGGGUCCUAUUGACGUCUUCGACCGCAGCUCCGAAACACCCCAAGUGGUGCCUGAGCCGUACAAAGGGCCUCCAGCAGCCAAAGAAGGCUUUAUCAGGACCUUUGGAGAGGAAGAUAUCAUACUGUGUCCGAUGUGCGGCGAUGAAUUAGCGACUGGCAAAGGGGAUAUCAAGCAGCAGGUCUGGGUGGUAAAAGCCUGCGGACACGUUUACUGCGGCGAAUGUGCCCUCAACCGGUCCAAGUCGAAAACAUCAAAGAAAACCAAAGGCAAAGAGGUUGAAAAGAAACUGGAAUCGCCCAGGUCGGUACCGUUUACGGUAUGCGUUGUCGAUGGCUGUAACAGCAAGGUCAUCCCCAAGCCUGCCAUGUUCCCUCUCUACCUAUGA